GAUUACAUUUGUUAUUCUUUAUAGUAAAUGUAAAUGCGAAUGUAAGUAAAUACGAUACUAACGAGAGAGGCAUGAAACAAUUGAGGAUAGCCUAAAAAGAAUUAAAAUUUUUGGAAUUUGAAAUAGAGAGAGGGAGUAGGAGAAAAGGAAAUAAAAAGAAAAAGAUUUGACCAAAAACAAAAAAGAAAAGAAGAAGAGACUCUCUUUCUCUCUACUGCGCCUCCUUUUCGCUUCUCAUCUCUCUUCUUCCUCCUCCUCCCUUGGUGCUGUGCUCUCUGUCAUUCUCUCUCUCCGUCUCUCUUGGCCAUUGGAGAAAGAUAAAUCACUUUAAAUAAAGUUAAACUCUUUCUAAUUCAACUACUACUACAAACAAACAAACGACGUUUUUUUUCGAUUUAGAUAUUUAAAAAAAAACUGUUCCUUUUGUUUAAAGACUUCUGCUUUCAGUUUGCGAACCCCAUUUCAUCACUCACCAACCAAUUCGAUUCAUUCGAGGAGGAAUCAGAUUUGCGUUAUCUUUGGGUUCAGUAGAAGAAGCAUAACAAGUUUAGCCCUUUGAGACGAUUGGGUUGAGAGAUCUUGGAGAAAGUUUAGUGCUUUCUUUGGAUUUGAAUGUCCCCUACUACAUUGCAAGGGCUCCAUGACUUCUACCAAGCGAGCCUACAAGCUACAGGAAUUUGUGGCGCAUUCUGCUGCUGUUAACUGUCUCAAGAUCGGAAGGAAGUCAUCUAGGGUUCUGGUUACUGGUGGGGAAGAUCAUAAAGUCAAUCUCUGGGCUAUUGGUAAGCCCAACGCCAUUCUGAGCUUGUAUGGGCACUCGAGCGGAAUUGAUUCAGUGACAUUUGAUGCUUCGGAGGUCUUAGUUGCAGCAGGAGCUGCUAGUGGUACCAUCAAACUUUGGGAUCUGGAGGAGGCAAAACUUGUCAGGACUCUCACUGGCCACAGGUCAAAUUGCAUAUCGGUGGAUUUUCACCCUUUUGGUGAGUUCUUUGCGUCUGGCUCACUAGACACGAACCUUAAGAUAUGGGAUCUACGGAAAAAGGGUCCCAUCCAUACUUACAAGGGUCACACUCGGGGAGUCAAUGUACUCAGAUUCACCCCGGAUGGUCGCUGGGUUGUAUCUGGAGGAGAGGACAACAUCGUGAAGGUUUGGGAUUUAACAGCUGGAAAGUUAUUGACCGAGUUCAAGUGUCAUGAAGGACAGAUUCAAAGCCUAGAUUUUCAUCCUCAUGAAUUUCUUCUGGCAACAGGUUCAGCUGAUAGGACUGUAAAAUUCUGGGAUCUUGAAACAUUCGAGCUAAUUGGUUCUGGUGGACCUGAGACGUCUGGCGUCCGUUGCCUGAGCUUUAAUCCAGAUGGGAAGACGGUGCUUUGUGGAUUGCAAGAAAGCCUGAAGAUUUUCUCGUGGGAGCCAAUUAGGUGUCAUGAUGGAGUGGAUGUUGGAUGGUCAAGAUUGUCAGAUAUGAAUGUUCAUGAGGGAAAGCUUCUUGGUUGCUCAUACAAUCAAAAUUGUGUAGGCGUUUGGGUUGUAGAUCUCUCGCGCACUGAGCCGUGCAAUACUGGAGAUGCUGCUCAGUCAAAUGGACAAGCAGAGAAAAAGUCUGGCUCAGGAAGAGAUUCAGUAGUUCUCAAUGACAAUAACUCAAAGACUACUAUUCCAGGCAAGCUGUCUGUUUCCCAGAACGUAGAUCCUUUACUGAAGGAAACAAAGUCUCUCGGAAGAUUAUCUGUUACACAGAACUCUGAUCCUUCGACAAAAGAAACAAAGGCCGUUGGAAGGUCGUCAACAUCCCACAGUUCGGAUUCAAAGCCUCUCGGAAGGUUGUCAGUUUCUCAAAAUUCAGACGUUGCUAAAGAGUCCAGGACGUUAUCAUCUACGGGAAGUGUACCUAGCACUCCUCAUAGGGUCAGUGUAACCAGUGUUUCAAAAGCCGCCGUCUCUAAUGCUGCAACGUCAAGGAGGAAUUUCACAAAAGCUAACCAAAAGUCGCAUCCUGUUAAUAAGGCUGCAGAUUUUAUUCAGGUGUUUGUCCCCAGAGAAGACCCUAGAGUAGAGCAGGCGACUGAAUCCAGGGCAGAACUUGACAUUAUUGCAAGAACAAUGCCUUAUUCGUUGCAGGCUGCUGAUUCUAGAAGGUCGCCUCCUAGCAGCAAAAAUAACCAAGAUCUGCCAAACGCUCCGGUUCUUGAAAUGUCAGAGUCUCAGCCAGUUGAACCAAGUAACAUACCGGAUAAAAGUACAUUUCCCGGUGGCAAGGGUGGCAUGCGGGGUGCAGCUGAGCGAAGCAUCAACGAUUUUAGAUACAAGAGAUAUGGCAGGAGUAAUUCAAGGUCACGGAUGGGAUCGCCUCCAAGAAACCACGAUGAAAACUAUGACCUGGUAAGCCACAAAUCAAGUAGAGAACCAAGUCCAACUGAAAGUCGAAAAGGAGGAAGAUUCCAGUCACUCUUCAUAAAUAGGGAGAGAAGAGGAAGAUUUUCCAACUACGAGGGUCCUGUUUCUAAUUUUCCGGGUGGAGGAAAUGCGGCGGCUCCUAACAUCCACCCUUCAAAUAUGUUCAAGCAGAGAGGAAACAAUAUGCCAGUUGAACAAGGGAUCGAGUCUCCUUCUGAAGAUAAUAUUGUUGAAGACAUAAUGGGGAAACACGAUCAAUUUGUCAGCUCUAUGCAGUCUCGUUUGGCUAAGUUACAGGUAGUUCGUAGAUACUGGGAAAGAAAUGAUGUUAAGAACACGAUAGGUUCGAUGGAGAAGAUGGCUGAUAAUGCUGUUACCGCGGAUGUGCUGAGUAUAAUAACCGAGAGAAAUGAGAUUAUGACACUGGAUACUUGUACCUCCCUUCUUCCCAUUCUGGCAGCUCUUCUAGCAAGUGACAUGGAUCAGCAUUUGAGCGUUUCCUUGGAUAUGCUGCUUAAGCUGGUUAGAAUGUACGGGUCACCAAUUUACUUAUCACUGUCCGCUCCAGCAUCUGUUGGUGUAGAUAUCGAAGCCGAGCAAAGGAUCGAGCGCUACAGCCGUUGCUUUGUGGAGCUAGAGAAAGUUAAAGCCUGCCUUCCCUCGCUGUCAAGAAGAGGAGGUUUGGUGGCCAAGUCUGUGCUUGAACUCAACUUGGCAUUUCAGGAAAUUUCAUCAUAAUCACUCCGAAUCCCAGAAAAGCACAGAGCCAAAGCCCAUCUUCUUAGUGGCAUCAUCCCAAGUCCUGUGCUUGUUUUUUUUUUAAAUGUGGAUUUGGUUCCAAAGGGGAGUCUAACAAAAAAAAAACUAAAGCUGAUGAUACUCUUACUAAGUUAACCAAAAGAGUUUGGAAGGCUAGAUUCACUGCCGAGUUGGCUGCGUCUGGUGGCCACUAAUCUUUGUCUUUGCUUUGGGGAAGUGUAUUGCUCUAACUAUGGUGUGUGUAGAGAGAGCCGUAUGGGCUGUGUAUUGCUCUCCUAGUUCUUAUAUGAAUACUAAAAAUAUUUGCUCUUUAGAAAUAGACAUGUUCAGUGUUCUUCUCUCAACUCAGCAAUAGUAUUUUUUUUAUUUUUAA